CUUACCUUCUACCUAGCGUGAUGAGGCGUCCAAUAACUAGAUGUGACUCACCGCCAGCCGCUUUCCGUCAAUAUCCACGACUGGACUGAUGUAGUAUCACCCGAUUGUCGUCACUUGAGUUUCUACUAUACAACCGCCAACAUGAGCACAGCAACUGGUUCAGCAGGAUGGAUUGGCCUAGGCUCCAUGGGGCUCGCCAUGGCAAUCAAUAUUCAGAAGCACUUAAAGGCUACAGGUCAACCUAAUUUGAAGUACUGGAAUCGCACGAUAUCGAAGGGAGAAGAGUUGCAAGCACUCGGGGGUGAGCCGUGCACGAAGCCUACCGACGUAGCCUUGAAUUGCGAAAUCACAUUCAUAUCUGUCAGCGAUGACCAUGCACUUGAGCACAUUGCGAGCGAGAUAGCGACUCUAGGCGCCUCGCUCGCGGGCGAAAUCAUCGUAGACACCACCACCGUCCACCCCUUCACCACAACAGCCGUCGCGACCCAACUCGAGCAACUCGGCGCCAUCUACAUCGCCGCCCCGGUCUUCGGCUCCACCCCCGUGGCGCAAGCAGGCCAGCUCCUCGUCGCCGUCGCCGGCCCCGACGACGCCAUCGCUGCAAUCGAGCCCCUCCUCACCGGCGUCAUCGCCCGCGGCGUGCUCCGCGUCGGGACUGACCCCGCGCAAGCCCUGCUCCUCAAAACAACGAGCAACAUGCUGACCGCGGGCCUGAUGUACCUCAUUGCCGAAGCGCACACGCUCGCCGAGAAGUCCGGGCUGCCUUCGUCGGUGCUCGAGGCGCUGAUCGAGCAGAACCUCGGUAGCUAUGCGCAUGGCGUAUCGAAGCGGAUUACGGGUGGCGCGUAUUUGCCGGCUGAGGGACAGGCGCCGCAGAGCGGUUUGGAGCUGGGGAUCACGGCUGUGCAGCAUGGUAUCGAUCUGGCGAAGAGCAAUGGGAUGCCCAGGCUGGAUGUUGCGGAGAGUUAUGUUGGUGCGGCGAAGGAGGCGAAGGCGUGGAGUACGGAGCAUGGGAGGGCUUUGGAUAGUAGCAGUGUUUUUGGUAUUGUGAGGGAGAGGGCGGGAUUGGAGUUUGAAAACGAUGUGGUGAAGGAAAGGGAUAUCUAGUAGUGAGAUUGAUGUAAUGGAGGGUAAUAAAAC